AUGUUGAGUGUGUUCUCUGUUCUCGCCGCUCUUCUGAGCUGCGGGGACCUGGUCCGUCAGUCGGGAAUCGUCAGUUUGCCCCCGGAUUCAGCACCGACUUCCACGAGUUCAACGGCGACGAGUUUGGCCGAAGUGAUCGAAAACGAGAGCGACGCAUCUUUCUGGUUCGGAGAACGGUGGCAAUACACGCUGACCGUUCAGGUUGUGCAGAUUUCGCAAUGCGUGCUGACUUUCGACGGACCGGCGAGCUUCCACUGCAGCCCCGUGAACGGUACUCAUGCGGAAGUCGUUUUCCACCCUGUCGACGUCGGCGAUCUCUCCGCAAAACUCGUCCUGCCCGGGCGGGAGAUUUUGCUCGAAGGCGUGGGUCUAUCGAAUCCCUUCCGUCCCCCAAAGCUGAGCUUCGAGCUACCUCGCGACGUAACGUUCGAACCGUGGGUGUAUCUACACAAUCCGCUGAGCACACCGGUGCGACUAAAAGAGGUGUAUAUGACGAACUCCAUGUUCUCAGUACAAGUUCCACCGGGCACCAGUUGGACCAUUCCGGCGCACACCACCAGGCCGGUGGCUCGUGUCAGUGUAGGUCUGGAGAGACGAUUCGAAAUUUCGUAUCUUCGAGUGCGCAGUUUCAAUGAUGACCUGUCUCUGUAUCUUCCUCUAAGACUCUCACCAGUCAACGCAGUGGAACCCACUCCGAGUGGUUUAUUUUUCCCGGAGCAAAAUCUAGAUAUCGGACCCGUUUUUGUAACGAGUGCACCUCAAACCGUUCCUUUGAACGUAGUCAACACAUCUCCCAAAUCUGUAGUUGUCCUCGGGUCAAGCGAUAGCGAUGGACUGCGGCUCGUGACCCCAGAGAAACCUGUGGGUGCUGGCAAAACCUGCACCGUCAAAGUCGCCCUCGAACCCGAACGUUUAUCCAAGGGUAGCGGUAAACUGCUACUGAAGAGUGGAAAAUUUAAACUCCAAGUGCCGUAUACGAUACAGCUCCUCAACGGGAGUCUUCAGGCGGCCAACUCUCUAUUCUACAUUGGCGCUAAAGGCAAGCGCGCAUUUUCCGUCGAAGUCAAGAAUCAAGUCAAUUCAGGACUUCGCAUCGAUCGGAUCCUAGUCGGAUCCAAAGAGAUCGAUCCCCCCGCGACACGGGUCGUCGCGAAAAAUGCCUCCGUGCAGAUCGAUUUCCCCGCACCUGCAAAGAACUCCAAGAGCUUCAACUCUACGAUGCGAGUGCUCACCAACGUGACUGAGUUUGUUUACGACCUAGUAUUCUAUUCGGGGAAGCUCGACAUGCUCUUUGAGAAUAAGCCCGUGACGGACAGGGUGGAUUUCGGAAACCUCGGCAUCAAGCAGAGAAAGGAGUUCACGCUGGAUUUCUAUAAUGCGAACCCGCUCCAGAUACAGAUGGAUUUCGUUGCGUCGAAUCUGAGCUCAGCGGUUUUCGCACUGCCAUCACUUCCGCCAUGGAUACUCGUGCCAUAUGGGAGUCUUCAGGUCACGCUCACAGUCGGCUCGCCCACCGAGGGUCAGGUAUGGGGUAAUAUCGUGGCCAAAACCGACCACGCAGUGCAGGUUUGGCUCUGCGGAUUCCAAGCGAGCAAAGGGACAGUAACGGCGGCUGGGAUGAGCAGUAGCCGUUUGAUCUCAGUCGAGGGAGCGUUCCCGUUUAGAAGUUCGGCAGAACCUGUGUAUCUUGAGAGCACCUUCGAUGAACCCCUGGUGGUGACCAGGGCCCGCGUAAAAGAUGAGAGAUUCCACAUGGUUUUAGUCGACAGCCCGGUUCUACACCCCGGGGCCAAGAGUUUACUGGGAACUCUCAAAUAUCAACCUGUCUGUACGCAGUGUUACGUAGGACUCGGUGGUCCUCUGGAAAGUUCCACAACGAAAGAUCUCUUUCUCUGGAGAGAAAUGCAAGAGCGACUGAAGGAGGCCAAAUCUGUGAAUGCAACACUGGUCGUCGAUACCCAACAGAUGAGAGGAUUUGUGAUUCCCAUAACGGUGUCUCAUGUGUGGCCCAGAGUGACGGCGCGGGGCGCUGUGCGUUUCGACACGAUACAACUGGGCAACGCAUCGUACAACCCGGUCAUAGUUGACAACCCGUCAGACCAGCCAUUAAUGGUCCAAGCGUACAUCUCUACUAUAGGAGGUCCCGAAAUCAACGCAAUUGUCGGCGCACAGCACUCGAUGAAACUGCCCUCGCACUUAUCAACGGCGUUCAGCAUCGAACGAUCGGUACAAUAUAAUUUGUUGAUGAUUCCUCCGAAAUCGAAAAAACGGAUAAUGGUCCGGUUCGAACCGACAACCAUUGGUAGCCACGUCGGAGUUCUUGUGGUGCGGAAUAAUCUGACUGCGGUCAGCUCAGUCAUCCUCAAAGGAGAAGGUGGCAUCGGAAAGCUCCUCCUCGCGGGCCAAGAGCCUGGUGGAACUAUUGUGUUUGAUAUCAAUGCUUCCUUGUUGAAGGACUGUCUCAGUCUGGGAGUUUACAGCACUCUGAAAAAAUACCCCGUGGCGAAGAACGUCGGACAUCUCCCGAUCAGAAUCCGGAAAGUGUUGAUAAACAACCAACCUUGUGUCGGAUAUGGCUUCAGAGUUAGAGAGUGUGACGUCGAUGAUUCCGGAUUCACAAUAAAGCCAAAUGCGUCACACCGCAUCGAGAUGAGCUUCACGCCGGAUUUCACGGUUUCUCGUGUUGAGGUGACCUUGACGCUCGUUCUGGAAGAAUCAACAUUGGACUUCAAUCUCGUUGUGACUCUACCGAAAAGCUCUGUGUCAGCGUGCGCGAAUCAACAAGUGCGACCCGUAUGGGAAGGAAUAUUUUACGCGCUGUGUCUCGUGGGAUCUCUUUUGAUGGUUUCGUGUACCGUCGGUUUCGCCUUCCUCGAAUCGAAUCGGGUGCUCCAGGAAACGCUGUUCGAAGCUCGAUCGAGGUACGAACGACGUGAAAUGUCCCUGCUGGAAAGAAUGUUCCGAACGGUCACACAUUUCAUACCGCGCAGCUUUUACGAUACCGAUGAAGACGAGCACGUGGAUCACACGACGUCGGUCGCGACACAGACCGUUAUGGAAGAGACGGCAAACGAACGGAAAAACUCGGCGCACAAGGAAAACCGCGGACCGUCGAACGCUCGCAGGCGAGACAGCGGAACUAGCAGCGUGCCGAAUGGAUCAGCUGGACGACGAGAUUUACGUAGACGGAAGAUCAAAGACGUGUCCGCUGAAACGGUGACCGAGCGACACCAACAGGAAACGGUGUCGCAGAGCACCUAUGUAUCCCAGUCUGAACCUGCCGAAGUGGAAGAGAACGAUUUAGAUAAGGCAUCUGAACCAGAGGAACGCGAAGGAUCGAAUACGUCUCUAACUUAUGAAGUCGAAGCCACAAUCACCAAAGAAACCGAUGACGAAGAUGAAGCGGAGGACGUCGGACAGGAAGUCGAAACGGCCUCCGAGGACAGCUCGGAGUGUUCCGCUGAGAUUCCGUCAGCUGUCGUGGAAAAAUCCAGAACCGAAGUCAAGAGCAAGAGCCAACGCAGAGCCGAGAAGAAGGAGCGUCAGAGAAGGUCUUGGCAAGACUCCCUUCGUACCUCGACGUCGGCCAAUCAGAAAGAGUCCAGAGCCGCCAGCGAUCCCUCCGCGCGGACUCCCCCGAGCGAAACGGUGGACAGUCACAAGAAAUCAACGUACGCGGAGGUAUUGGUUUCUCAGUUGGAAAAACAAGAUCGCAACAAGAAGCCCGAAGCGCGACAAUGUCCAUCUCGAUCGAAGAAACUGCAGAAGUCGGUGGCCCAACAAGAAACUGCAGUGACCGGUGAUCGGACGGACAACAACAAUCACAUCGGCGACAGCACCAACGGUGGAGAUGAUGUCACCCCGACCGCCCCGAAUAGGAGCCCCGACUCCAAGAUUCCGUCGAAUCUCCACGGGAGCGGUAAGAAUCCGAGGAAUAAUACUUCUCCGAACUCCACCGCAAACGGCCAUUGUGUGUCGGGUUCAGACGCCGGAGAGCUCUCGGCGAAAUCUUCAUCGAGCCCGUCCCCUACCUCGAACAACAUCAAGUCCCAGCUCAACACCACACCGGAAUCCAAAGCCCCGUCGCUUGGGAAAUCGACAAACGUGGCGAGUUCGAGUGAAAGCGCUUCGAGCCCAGCUAGUGUUGUCGCCACUCCGGCCAGACGUGACCAAACAGUACAGAGCAAAGUCACGCCGAACGGCGCGUCCGGUUCGUCCCCAACAUCGACCGCUACGUCGUCUUUCCCAUCGGCUUUCCUUUGGCCAAGUUUCACAAACUCGAGUCCGAAGAGCUCUGAUCGUGAUCCGAACUCGUCGAACAGCCCGAAUAGUGGUAAUUCCAGCAGCGCUGUCCCCUUCCCGAUGGCGUGGACGAAACCGAUUUACAGUUUCUCGUCGGCCGUCAUUUCGAACACCGCGAGUCGCGUCACCACGACCUUGGCUUCGGGCUUGAGUCCCAGCAGCAGAUGUUCGGCAGACAAAGAGGUCCACGCUUUCCUUGGGACGACCGCGUCGACAAGGACCACGGGCAGCACGGUGAGCAGUACUCAGGCGUCGGACGUCGAGAGCGACGGAAACAGCCCCAAACCCGACGAGCAGCAAGAGUUCGAGGACGAUGGGGUGGGUGAGGAGGAGGAAACGCUGAAGUUCGACGCCAACAAGCUCUACAUCGAGGACGAGGACCCGACCUUCGGCGUCGUGGAGGACGGCAAGCGCCCACCGAAAUCCCGGCGGUCGCUGCCGCUGUUCAGCAACUUACUCGGCAGCGACUUGAUCGGCGAAGCCAGAGACGAGCUCACCGGGUCCAAAAUCGAAAAUUCCACGGCCAACAACGCCGAGACCAGUGACCUGAGUCGCAGCAACAGCAGUGCCGGGCACAGCAGCGUCAGUAAUGUGAGCUGCCGAAGUAUCGCGAGCAGCAGUCCGAGUAGCGAUGUGGUCGUCGCAAACAGCGACCCGAGCAAAUCGAGCAUCAGCGGUUUCGGCGCUGGUGGGAAUCUAGCAGCGAACGCGAUCAUCAGCUCGAUGAAGAACAACAAUGCGACGCUGAACAACAUCGGGGGCGUGGACGGGAAUAACGUGCCCACUGCCAACGCGGCCCAGGCCGCCUCGAAUUUCGAAAACUCGACAUACGCCGAGAACUCAUUGUGUAACAGUAUAAACAGCAUCUUGAAUAACUUGAACAGUGAGAACAACAUGGAUAGCAUCAAGGAUUUCGGUUCGAACACAUUCAUGACCAGCUCCUACCGACCCCAAAACGCUGCGUCGGUCAACCCGACCGACAGUAGGGCUUGCUGCGCUUUCAGUGGAGAUCUGCGUCAAAAUAUACCGCAGCAACAUCUACAACACCAACAGCAAGCGCGUUCGAGGGGUUCGGUGAACAUCAUCACCGAUCUCAGCACUCCGCCGCCCGGAGGCAAAUUCAAUAAAUCCGAAAGCAACAAAGGCCUCGCUGUGAAAAACAAUCACAACAACAACAUCAACAAGAACACCAAUAGCGACAAGAACAUGAAGCACUCGCAGCAACCCAACAAAAUGGGCAUCAUCACCGACAUCUGCGGCACUGGCCCCAGCUCUGCCGCGAGCAAGUUGGGUAAUGCGGGCUUUCUGGGCGAUCACGGCGGAGGCCCAGCGUCCGCGCAGGCCAACAUCAGCUACUCCGCGGUGGUUUCUGGCGGAAUCGGAACGAAUGCGAACAACCACGACAGUUCGAUGAACAGCAGGAGUAACUUCGGCCAGAACAUCAACAGCAACAAAAAUCUCAACAGCAAAAGCAUCCAAAGCGUCAACGAGUCCAACAGGAGCAAGAGCCAUAUCGGAGCCGCGAGACGCGGCAACCCUCCGCCGGGUUUCGGCUUGAGCCCCUACGGCUCGAAUCCAUCGGCGCCCAUUACGCAGACGGCUUCGGCUUCAAUGAGCUACAUGAUGGGCUUCGGGAACAUGAACGCCGACAGAAGUUUCGGUAGACUGCAGAGUAUGCACGGUGCCGCAGCCUCGUCUUCGGCCUCAUCGUCGACAUCCACAACGACUUUGAGCUCCAAAACGUCAGGGAUCGGAACCGACCAGAGCGAGGAGCAAGAGAUGGCUCCGUUAAUCAGGAGCAUCAUCGACUCGGUCAUUCCUUCAUCGGACAGGGACGACCGCGGCUCGAUGCAUUGGGCGCCUUCAAACCAAAGUAGUUCGUCCAACGCGAGCGGCAACGCCAGUCGGAGCAGCAGUUCGCCGGCUUGUCAAGUUUGGGGAGCAGAGAGCCCGUGGAUGGGCAAUUCCAGCUCGUCUGCCACUGUCGCUGCAGCGGCCCCACCGUCAACAGUGUACCCGGUAUUCUUGCGUAGGACUCCCGAUCGGGAUCCUGAGCGCGAGAGACGUGAACGAGAGUUCGACCAACAACAGAGGAGGGCUUGGAAUCAACAACAACCCUCCUCGCAGCAGCAGCACCUGCACCAGCAUCCUUCAGCUGUGCAGCAGCAGCAUCAACCGCGGCAACAGCAGGAGCAGCCGCAGCAGGUGCCUCAAUCGCAGCAUCUACAUGCUUCCUCUCAGCUCAAUCCACCGACAAUGUCUCCAACGAACGACUACAGCUACACUGGCACCGGCGUUUGGACGACGACCCAGCCCGGCUCCACGGAGCCUCCCGUGUUCCCGUCACCGAUCGGUACGCCGUGGACACCUUUCCAAAGCCAAGCACUGUCCCUUCCAGCGUUGAGAGCGCUCGGUUUGAACCGGGGCAUGAAGAAAAACCAAUAG